UCGAUGAGUGUUGCUUCCAGUGUCAACCGAUAGUGAAUAUACCUUGUUGUCUAGAAAAUGAUCACUGUGGUCCAGGCGAAAUUCGUGUCGAUGAUUAUCAUUGGCAUCGGUAGUUUUGUCGUUGGUGUUGCACCGGCGUGUUUUGUUUCACGUAUACGAUAUCUUCAACAAAAGCUCUUGCUUUCUUGUAUUUUGUGUUUUGGCGGUGGCGUUUUAUUUGCAACUUCCAUUCUACAUAUGUUACCAGAAACUCGUGAAUCUAUGAUUAAUUAUGCAGAAUUGCUCUUCUCUUGCGGUUUUCUUCUCUUGUAUUUUAUAGAUGAAUGUGUUCAUUAUUUUUGGGGCAGUGAUGAACAUGUUUUGCAAUUACACCAAUCACGUUAUGAGACUAGUGGAAUUUGGAACAAUAGAAACGAAGUGGAUCGAUGCCGGAGUUAUUCGCAUCAGACAACUCUAGCUAGAAACGGAAUAAGUAGUAGCUGGAAUGGCACUAAUUACGGAGCGUUACAAUAUACGCCGAAUGCACCAAGUAAUUACAAUGAGGAGACUUUUUUAUGCCAUGGUAAUCAUUCAGAACCAUGCAUAGAUUCCAAUACUAAUCUUAUGGGACUUUUAUUGGCGCUUACGAUUCAUGCCGUUCUUGAGGGACUGGCGAUUGGUCUGCAGAAAGCUCUGUCUGAGGUAUUCUUAUUAGUUGGAGCAGUUGCUUCUCAUAAAUUUGUUAUUGGAUUUUGUUUAGGAUUAGAAUUAGCUGGUGCUAAUAAUACCUUUCUAAGACUUAUACUAGCGAUAUUCGUAUUUUCUGUUGGAUCCGCGAUAGGUAUAGGGAUUGGAAUGUUAACAUUCAAAAUGAAAAAUGAUUGGACAGAAAUAGCUGUACCACUUCUACAAGGUUUAGCAGGUGGAACUUUGCUGUAUGUGACUGUUAGUGAAAUCAUGCCAAGGGAGAGAGCGAAAUGGCAUAGAAAUCCGCGACGUUCUGCUGGUAUUCUACAACUUUUUUCCAUGAUUCUUGGUUUCAUUAUUAUUUAUCUUCUAAAUAAUUACGUGGGAACAUGAAUCUGCAAAUUCGACUUGAAAUCAAUUCAAUAGAAUAAAUCGAUCAAAAAACGAACUUUAAUAAUAGAGAAUCAAGAACUAAAAAAGAAGAUAAAAAUUACAUGAAUUUCUGUAUGAAUAAAUUUAGUCAAAAAUCUAUUUUCGUUUAUGUAUACGAGUUACAUAUCUACAUGGAAUAUUGUAUUAGGAAAAGAAAAAAAAUAUUUAUUUAAAAAAGAUAGAGAGGCAUAGAAGAUUAAUGUAAUUGAGUAAGCGAAAAAGAGAGCCAAGAAUGAGGAAAUAAUAUCUUUUAAAAUAUUGUAUGAAAAUGUAAAAAUAGAAUAAUGCGAUAGAAUCAAUAAAAUGUUUUAAUUUUCUUUUA